UGAUAAGCAACCCUCAGUUUAUCAACACAUAAGUUGAGAUCCUUUGACGAACAUCUCAAAGUUCACCUUCUUUUCCAUUUAAAUAAUGUCUAGGUCGGAAGGAGGCAAAGAUGCGCCCAUAGGGCUAACCAUCUUAGAGUCCUUAAAGCCGCUCGUCGGUAUCGAGAAGGUUGAGGCUUAUUUGAAAUUGGCCUCGAAACCCCAGGAUUCGAAGAAUCAUGAAUGGAUGACAACUAUAGCGCCUUACUUGUCUAUCGUCUCGCACUCGUCCUCUCCGCCGCAUCCUAGCAUCACUUUCCGAUUUACUGUGCAGCCUAUCCAUAGCAACGGUCUCGGUAAUCUGCACGGCGGAUGCGCAUCCACUAUUUUUGAUGCAUGCACUACGCUGCCGCUGCAUCUUAUUUCGAAGCCUGGUUUUUGGCAAUAUACGGGCGUCAGCCGUACGCUGAAUGUUACGUACCUACGACCGGUUCCGGUUGGUACCGUCGUCGAUAUCAAAUGCGACAUCUUGCACGCCGGCCGCAAAUUAUGCGCUCUAAGAGGAGAGAUGAGGUCCGUAACCGAAGACGGCCGAGAAGGGCCUUUGCUGGUUGUUUGUGAGCACGGAAAGGCCAGCACAGAUCCGCCAGUCGGGAAGUUAUAGACAUCUUUCUACGUUCGGUUCCUAUGUGAUAUAGUGAGAAGUAGCGGCAUGAGUUUCAGGAUAAGAUUAAAGAGACGUCUUAAAGACAAGCUACCUAGCUACGUAUUAUAUGUAACAAAAAAGCACCAAACAUAAAAAUUUGCCCUCAACUCGAAUAGAUAUCCCAAAAAGGAGACCUACCCAAGCUAAGUCAAG